AUACGUGAGGGAACAGAGCUCACGCGAGCACUAAAUGACAUCCCUGUGACGUGCUCUUUCAAAAUAAAUGAGACGUGAGAUGUGAAAAUCACAUUAUUUCAAACACUUGGAGACUGGUGAAACAACAGCCUUAAAAUGACAGGUUUUUAUUCCUCCUUCUCUUCUGCGCAGGGUGUACUUCUAUGGUGAAUGCCAUGAGAAGGUUUCAUCACCACCUCAUUGGCUCUCAAGUCAGAGACCCCCAGCAUAUAAAGCGAGGGAGCGUGAUCUAGCAGCCUUUAACCGCUGGUGAGCGUUUUGGAUCACGCUUACAGCAGGGAGGCAGACUGUACCUUUUACGCACGGACGAAGCGCGUGGAGAGGUUGCAGACGAGCGCACGAGAGCUAACGAUUCAUCGAAGGAAAAGAGUUUCACAGCCUUAAGGUUUGUUCAAAUAUUUUAUUGGAUAUUUAACUUGGAGGAAAAUAACGUGGACAGUUAAUUAAAAAAAGUUGUAUAUCCACUGUACGCGUUUACUUUUUGGAUUUCAUGGAGUGAUUAAAUGACUUGAAGUUGUUUUGAUUUAAUUCAACUUAAUGACUUGUUAAUUUUUUUAAGCCAAAAUUUCAGUAGUUCCUAUAGAAAUCGUUGUGUUCAUUUUAUUGCUGUGAUUUAACAAUUACUUUGGAAAGCAUUGGACAAAGCUUUAUUCGUUAAUAUGUGAAAGAUGUGUGCUUUACGAGUCUUCAAAUUAUUAUUAUUUUUUCUUUCUCUCUCCAAACUGAAGUGCUUCAUGUUUCUUUUUACUCUGAGAUGUUGAAAGCUGUUCAUAUUGAGUUGUAGGUCAGGGGAAAGUAUAUAAAACUGAACCAAAAGCUGGAACACUGUUGAAUUUGUCUGCUUAAGAUAACUAAGUGUGCUUUUUUUCUCUUCAUGUAUCUCUUUUUCGCUUACAGCAAGCUGUGAGGCAUCUGAGUAGGCAUGUGGCUCCUGGAGAAGCUCCGCAGCUCUGUGGAGAGCAGUGGGACACAAUCCCAGCCCCCGCAGACAGUGGAGGCCAUUCCUGUUUCUGUUUACGCCAACGUCCUCACUCCGGACAAGAUCCCUGAUUUCUUUAUUCCGCCCAAACUCAUCUGCUGCCCACCUGAAGAUUCUCUAACUCCAGAGCCGCAGCCCUGCACCCCCCUGAGACCCUCCUCCUCUGACCAUGCAAUCUGCAACCAGAGUCCCAGAGCUCGCAGCAGCAAGAGCCCCUGCAGCCCUGGACUCUUCUCCCGCCUGGGAGGGGACGCUCGCAACCUCCAGAAGUCAGCAAAUCGUCACAUCAUCCAGAUAGAGAGUGCUGAUGAGCCAGGUUCUGGGUCUACAGACAGGUUCAGAGCUGAAAUGAACACCAAUGCAGACCCCCAGUCUCAGACGGCCAUGUCUCUGCCUUAUGUCCCCAAGGCUCAAACUUCAUAUGGCUUCUCCACUCUGGUGGAAUCUCCUCACACCCGCCGCAAAGAGAGCCUGUUCCACAGUGACCCUAACAGCCCUCUCACAUCACCCAACUCCCAGAGGCGCUCACAAGGGGGGACUCUCCUGGCCCCAGCGGACCCCAAUCCCUACCGCUACUUUAGUGGAGGAGAGAGUGACACCUGCUCCUCUGCAGAGUCAUCCCCUUUCAACUCCCCUCUGCUGUCCCGCUCUGCCUCUCUGCUGCGCUCCAUCACCCAGGAGACACAGGCCAAGGUGAGUUUUGAGACUUUGGUUUACACAAACUUGCAAGAUUAAAGAAAUGGUUACACGUGUUUCCUGCUCCUUGCAGUAUGUUAACCAGUUGCUUUGUUCUCUCUCUCAGGUUUUUCGUGCCAAGCGCUCCCUGGCACGACACAGUUCCCUCUCGACUGACGACUGCAGCUCUGCAGACAACAGCCCUAACAUGCAGCGUCGCCGAAUGCGCUGCCCGCCCUCCCCAGCUUUUCAUGGAAUUAAAAGCAGUGGCCUAAGGGGGGCAGCGUCAGACCUCCUGCAGCGUGAACACACUAUCAACCUCCACAAGGGGGGGACAGUGAGGCUGAGCACUCACUACGAUGCAGAAUCCGCACGACUGAGGGUGCGUGUACUUGCUGCAGAGGCCCUGUACGAUAGGCAGACGGACCCUAAAAGCAUCAACUGCUGCGUGGCGCUAUACCUGAACCCCGGGAAACUGCAGAAACAGAGAAGCACCAUCAUCAAGAACAGCAGGAAUCCGGUGUUCAACGAAGACUUUUUCUUUGACUCGUUGCCUCGGGCGCAAGUAAAGAGUCUGGCCAUGAAGAUAAAGGUGGUGAACAAAGGAACCAGUCUGAGGAGAGAUGUGCUGCUGGGAGAGAGGGAGGUGCUGCUCAGUGAGCUGCUCGCAGACCUCUAGGGAGAAGCUGUCAAGUUGGAAACAAGCAGCAUGACGGCCCCUUUCUUCUCUGGCUACCUUUUUAUCCCACUCCACAGAUCUGAUAAAUACUGGGCAGGUGUUGACUUAAAAGGGUUUAUAACUUGUACACUAUAAUGGACGAAAAGAGUCUGUGUAGAGUUACUUCAGUAGCUUUUUACAGCCAGGUUAAAUAAAAACAAAAACACCAAUUCUAAUGUGAACAAUGGAUCUGUCGUCUUUGUUUGUGUUUUUCUCUUUGACUAUUGAGUUGCAUAAGGUGUUGCCCUCCCUGAUGAGCAUGGUUAUGUGGCUCAAUAACAUAUCAGUGAUGCAAUUAUGAUCUUGUUGAAGUUACAGCUGUAUUUUUUGUAAUAGAGCAGUAAUUCUCCAUGUGAGAUUUUGCACGUUCUUGUUGAGGAUAAUGUUUCCUCCAGAUUUAAAAUAGUUUUUUGAUGGCAGUGCUUGUGAUGUUAAAAUGACUGUUAUGUAAAUGUGAUAAGAUGCCUUUGACUAACAUGAAUAAAAAUGCUAGAACCACAAGCAUCGUUUUUCCAUGCUGCAGCUUUGUCUCAUUGAUUUUGUCUUCUAAUUAUUCUUCAGGAUCAAGAACAAGCUCUAGGAAAUGAUUAUAAAC